AUGGAAGGAACUGCAUCAUAUAAUAACAAUAUUAAACAAGAAAACCAUCCAAAAAUUGGAAAAGUUCAGGAUCUUGAAAUGGAUAUGGAUAGACUGUUAUUAGAGACGGAAAGACUAGCUCUCUUGGUUGAUAACAUUGAGGAUCAAACAGAACGAGAAGUAUUGAGAUUAGAAAGAGUACUGGAUACAUUUGCAAGGGAUCCUCAAAACGAUAACGAUUAUAAUUAUUAUAAUAUUGACGGUAGUCAUAAUAGAAAUUAUUUUACAUGUCGUUAUUUUAGAAACAAAUUAAAACAUUUUAAUAAUUUUACUAAAAGAUGCUUUACAAAACCAGUUACAAGAAGGAAGAACUCAAGUCUUCUUUUCAACGAAUUUUCAAGAUCAGUAUCUGAAUUAGAAAGAACUUCAAAAUAUGGGAUAGAAGAAAAUGGAACAUGUGGUUCCACAUCGGAUCUUCCUCUUGCAAGGACACUAGAAGAUGAAGUCUUCCAGAACGGAAGUGAUAGUAAUGUGGAAAGUGUUCUUAGUGAGUCUCCUUACAAAGGACGUAGAGGUUAUAGUAGUUACGUGAAAUAUAAACUAAUGAAUUACUUGUCAACAACGAAACGAGAUGAUCUGGUGUAUAUGAAAGAAAGUGAAGAUGUAUGUUCACCAUACCUACUCUAUGUUAAAACCGAUGGAGUAGAUACUCCAAUCCAUUUUGAGAAUAAAACUACAAGGCAAGAAUUACGAAAUAGAUUAGAACAACUAACAUGA